AAAAGAAGAAAAAAAAAGGGUUUGUGGGUUUACUGGUGUGGGUCCCCUUGUCGACCCCAAAUGUGGCAAUAGCCUUCUGAUUGCCAAACUCGGUAAAAAAGAGGAACAAAGGGUUGGGAAGAAGCAUGGCCUCACCGCCAUCCAAACCUCCACACAUUUUAUUUUCUGUGAGAGAGAAAGCGAUGGCAUCAUCAUCUCCAUGUGACUAUUGGCCCCAUCUUUCUCACUCUCUCUCUUCUCCUUCUUCUUCUUCUCCUUCUCCUUCUCCUUCCUCACUCUCUCAAACCCUCCUUCCUCCUCCUCCUCCUCCUUCCGUUGAACAUGUCUGGAACGACCUCAAACUCUCCUCCCUCUCCAACUCUCCCGUUGACUUCAACCACUCUUCUUCUCAUUCUUCUCUCCUCUCUCUCUCUCCCUCUCACAACCACCACUCUCUUCUCUCUCUCUCCAACGCUUCCUUCCAUUCCAACCACACCGCACGCCACAGAGAUCAACACCAUAAUCGCAUCAUGAAGAAUCGAGAAUCCGCGGUUCGCUCCAGAGCAAGAAAACAGGCUCAUAGAAAAGGUUUGGAAGAUGAAAUUGCUCGGUUGACGGAAGAGAAUUCGAGACUGAGAAAAGAAUUGAAAGAGAUUAUGAUGGCGCACGUGAAGAGGAAGAGGGAACCGUGUUGGCGGCAUGGCUGGACGUGUUGAACGGUACGGCGGCAGUCGGCAUUGCCACGCCUCCUAAUCGCGCCUCUCGAUCACCUUUUCGUCGCAGAGAAGGGAACAGCUUCGCUGUUCGCAGACAAAGGAGCGAUUGGAGCUGCGCUCUUCUUCGAAAUCUGAAACUCUGGUGCUGUUCACAGAAAGGGCGCAGAGUUGAAGGCUGAAACUCUUCGUGCUCACUCGCUGCAACAACCAGGAAACGCUCUGCAAGAAAGGGGCAAAAGGGUGAAAACUGGAAAAGGUGAAAACUCGAGAUUGAAGGAGAAAAUGUGAAAUUUGAAAAGUUUUCCGCUUGACAUCAUAAAAGUGUGUUUCUUUUACUACUGUAGCCUAUGGUCGGCCAGACGAUACUUUUAAAUUAAUAUUAUCU